AUGCCAGAGCAUGUUUAUGCCGUGGCCUACGAGGAAGCACAGCUGCUAUGCGCCCUACGGGAUCAAAUUCCGCAAACGGACGGUGUGCGGCCUUCCAUCACCAUCGCCACGUGCAAUGAGCUUGUGCAGGAGGCGCAACUUACCCUUACAGAGCCGGCGCGGGCCAAGGUCAUGGACUACGUGGAGCGUUUGUCCCAGCAAGCGGUGCAUGAUGGCCUGACACAGCUGCCUCCACCGACCUUCCUCCGGCCACGUGGCGAGGCCGAGGCCAUCGCCCAGGUGGCGCGUGCCUUACCCUUUGAGACUGACCCCCGGGAGGUGGCCUCCGGAAUCUACCUCGCAGCGAGUCGCAUCUUCAAUAUCCUGAUUCAUGCCAUCCUGCCGCAGCACCAGUGGACGUCGCUCAGUGUGAGUCUGAACAACCAUACUGAGCCACACUACGAUGCGCACAAUGCCACAAAUGCAAGUUUGUUGAUUGGCCUCUCCCAUCAUGACAGAGGGCAGCUCUGGAAACAAGACAACGCCGGUGACGUGGUCAUGGAAUCCGAAGGAACUCGCUACUGGGGGAUACGGUACCCUACGGCGGGACGAGCAAUCCUGUUCGACAGCAAGCGACUUCUUCACGGCACCCUGCCAUGGAUGGGGGAUCGGUAUAUUCUCAUAGCGUACACAGUGGGUUCCCGAUCGACCACCAAAGCCGAGCACAUCGAAUACCUGCAGUCUGCGGGAUAUCGCCUGCAGGACACUUGGGAUGCGUGGAGGCCCACGGAGGGAAAAGGCCAGACUAAGCUGGGCCGCUUCUUCGGGAGCCAGUCGGACGCACCGGGACAGACGCGACCAUCUUCCUCCAAUGAGGAGCCACCAGCCAACGUCGAUGCCAUGCUUAGGGAGCAAUCGCUCGCCUACAUUAGUGAGCCUGCAGCCAGCACCGGUGAAAUGGUGCGUCUUGCUCUGCCUGGGAGUGCCGUCACACGUGUGCAAGCUGCCCCACUCAGGUCAUGCUUUCCUCUGCUAUGGCCUCUGGAUCUAUGGGUGCUGCUGGAGCUGAUCAUCCUGGCGACCGCAACGGCGAUGAUCACGGCCCGCCUUCGAGAACUGGCAAAGGUAAGCACGGAGUGCAUGCAGUGCGCCCUGGCCGCACCUGUCAGGUGCCUGGAUGCUCGAGGGUAUAUAUCAAGACACAGCAUCGCCAAUGCUGCAGCCUUUGCUCAGUUGGGGGUCACACGCCACGGUGUGAUCACGAUCAUCAGGCUUAUAUUCGACGUAGUCAGCGAGCUCGCCGUCGGGAACAACGUGGUGUGCUUGCUGUCUGCGAGCUGGCAUCUUGCCAGAGAGUAUCAGGCCUGGGCCAUGUGA